UAGAAGGGGUAUAUUGUAUUGAUCGAGAGGGGUUGGGUGGUAUGAUGAUGACGUCAUCUGCUAGUGAGAAACCAUUAGUGGAAUUGACGAAAGGCAUCAAUGGCCUUGAUAAGGUUGUUCUCCGGGAGAUUCGUGGCGCUUCUGCCGAGGUGUAUCUCUAUGGCGGUCAGGUGACGUCUUGGAAGAAUGAUCACAGAGAGGAAUUGCUCUUUGUUAGUAGUAAGGCCAUUUUUAAGCCUCCAAAAGCAAUUCGUGGAGGUAUUCCUAUAUGUUUCCCACAGUUCGCAAAUCGUGGCUCUCUUGAGGCGCAUGGAUUUGCCCGAAACAGGUUCUGGAGCAUUGACAAAGAUCCGCCUCCAUUUCCAGCAGCUACUUCUUCAAGGGCUUUUGUUGACUUGAUCUUGAAACCCUCUGAGGAGGACUUGAAGAUCUGGCCUCACAGUUUUGAGUUCCGGCUGCGGGUCGCUUUGAGUCCUGCUGGAGAUUUGAUGUUGACGUCUCGUAUUAGAAACACCAACACUGAUGGAAAGCCUUUCACAUUUACAUUUGCGUAUCACACCUACUUUUCUGUUUCAGAUAUCAGUGAAGUCCGUGUUGAGGGCCUUGAGACACUUGAUUAUCUUGAGAAUAAGGAGAGAUUCACUGAGCAAGGUGAUGCAAUUACUUUUGAGUCUGAAGUGGAUAAAAUAUAUCUCAGUACCCCCACAAAAAUUGCGAUCCUGGAUCAUGAAAAGAAACGAACAUUUGUUAUUCGUAAAGAUGGGUUGCCGGAUGCAGUUGUGUGGAACCCUUGGGACAAGAAGGCAAAGGCCAUGGCUGAUUUUGGAGAUGAAGAGUACAAGCACAUGUUGUGUGUUGAGGCUGCUGCAGUGGAAAAAUCUAUCACUUUGAAACCUGGUGAAGAGUGGAAAGGAAGACAGGAACUUUCUGCUGUUCCUUCAAGUUAUUGCAGUGGCCAGCUUGACCCAAAGAAAGUUCUCCUUGGCAGCUGAGAAAAGCUUUUUGAUGGUUUAUAUCGUGUACAGGUAUGUUGCUGAUUCAAUAUGUAGUCUUUAGUGCUCAGCUAUUCAACAACUACAGGGUAUCUUCUGAAGUAAAAUACAUAAUCAGUAAAAACUUAUAAAAAGCCUUUUCAACAGUUCAAAGUAUGAAAACAGAUUAUGGACCUUUUCCUUUGGUUUGUGUUUGGGUGUGGAGGGGAGUGGGUUAGCUGAUUUUGAGGGUCUCAGUAUAAAGUUUUUUGGGUGAGGAAACUUAUAUCGAAAGAGCAACACAACUGUGUAGACACGUCUUUGUUGAUGAGUGAUGUGUUCUUAACAGAUAGGUGAAAGGGAAACAAUGUGCAGAAUAGUAUUCCUUUUGAUGAUCUCUGUCAAUAUCUUGUAAAUUGCCUGUAAACCGCGGUCAAUGGCUUCCCAUUCACCUUUAUCAUAACUGUUCAUAUUGUUUUGAGGUUGACAGUAAUAGAUAGAUAUUUUCACAGCGUCAUUUCCAAUUAACAAGUUGUAUCAUUACCUCAAGUUUCUCUGGUGGUUCUAGAUUGAGCAAGCUGUAAUAUUUUUCCAGUUCCAGUUGUUUAUAGUUUAAUUUAUCCUUCAGUAUCUUCCUACUUUUGAUGAUCUGUGUCAAUAUCUUGUAAACUGCCUGUAAGUUCUGCUAUAUUGUUAAUCUGUCUGUAAACCGUGGUAAAUAGCUUCUCAUUCACCUUUAUCGUAACUGUUCAUUUUCUUUUGAGGUUGACAGUAAUUGAGAGAUACUUUCACAGCAUCAUUCCCAAUUACAAGUUGUAUCAUUACUUCAAAGUUUCUCUGGUGGUUCUAGAUUGAGCAAGCUGUAGUAUUUUUCCAGUUUCAGUUGUUUAUAUUUAAUUUUAUUCUUCAGUA